AUGGAAGUCGAUGUUGGGAGAGGGAGACCAAAUUUGGUUGCCGCAAGAGGUAUGUUUGAUUUCCACCCCAAAUGUAAAAAGAUAGGUCUCACUCACUUAAUGUUUGCGGAUGAUCUCCUUAUCUUCUGUAAAGGAAAUGUGGAAUCUGUUGUAGGAGUCAUAAGUGUCCUAGACAAAUUCUAUGAAAUGUCUGGCCUAAAACUAAAUGCUACCAAAUGUGAAUUUUAUGCUCCUGGUAUAUCAAUACGCACAAUGGAGACUAUUAGCAAAAUUACAGGGUUUAAAAAAGGAUGCUUUCCUGUGAGAUACUUAGGAGUUCCUUUGGUAACAAGGAAACUAUCUGAAAGAGACUGUGAUGUUCUCAUUGCUAAUAUCAAGUCCAGGCUUCACCACUGGUCAGCAAAACAUUUGUCUUAUGCAGGCAGACUUGAACUUGUCCGAACUGUCUUGUUUAGUGUUGCUAAUUAUUGGUGCAGACAACUAAUCUUACCCCAAUAUAUUAUUAAAAGGAUCGAGCAACUCUGUUCUCGAUUCUUCUGGAAAGGAUCAGAUAAAGCAGCCACCGGAGCUAAAGUAAGCUGGGGAACGAUCUGCCAAUCGAAAUCAGAAGGCGGCCUUGGUUUAAAGGAUAUUAACACAUGGAAUAAGGCAUGUAUGAUUCAGCUAAUUAGGAAUAUCCUAGCAGGAGGGGCUCAUUAUGGGUAG